CUACUCUGAGAAAAACGAAAGCCCCGUUUAUUUUUCCAGUCAUCACUUGUAACCUUAGCUCCCCAAUACGACAGACAGUCGACAGCAACGCCACUAUCAAAUCAUUACGCCGCUGCCGGCUCCUCCCUAUCGCCACCCAAUUUCCCUCCUUCCUCCGCCGACAUAGGAAGAAAAAAAAUACACCGGCAAUUUUCUCAUGGGUGAGCAAACCCAAACACAAACGAAAACCGAAACCCAAACUCCAUCCUUAUCUCAAUCUCAACCCUGUUCUGUUUCCACCAUUGUAUCAGACUCUCCUUUGGAUAUUCCUCCAAAUCCUUCAAACCCUUCGAAAAUCCCUAUUCGCCCCCAGAAAAUCCGUAAACUCUCGUCCACUACCGAACAAAAACCCCUAGAACCUCCUUCUGAUUCAUCGCAAUCUGUACCCACAUCAAAUAGUACAGGGACAAUCACCAAAAAUCGUCGGAGGGGUGCAUCACAAUCGACAAGGGCUUUGCCCCAAAUCAUCAAAUCGUUAUCUGCUAAUGGGGAGAUUGAGAAUGCUCUUCACCAUCUGCGGUUAGCUGACCCACUUCUUGGUUCCCUGAUAGAUACACUUCCUUUCCCAGUGUUUGAGUUGCACCAACUUCCAUUUCUAGCACUUUGCAAGAGUAUUCUCUAUCAACAAUUAACUUAUAAAGCUGGUACUUCCAUCUACACGCGUUUCGUCUCCCUAUGUGGCGGUGAGGAUGUCGUAUGCCCUGACGUUGUUCUCUCCCUCUCUGCUCAACAGCUCAAGCAGAUUGGUAUCUCCGGGAGAAAAACAAGUUUCCUUUAUGACCUUGCGAACAAGUAUAAAACUGGAAUUUUGUCGGAUGACACUGUUGUAAAGAUGGAUGAUAGGUCUUUGUUUACAAUGCUUUCCAUGGUGAAAGGGAUUGGUUCUUGGUCAGUACAUAUGUUCAUGAUAUUUUCCCUUUACAGACCGGAUGUGUUGCCCGUUAGCGACUUGGGGGUUAGGAAAGGAGUAAAAAUGCUGUAUGGGUUGGAGGAAUUGCCAAGGCCAUCGCAAAUGGAGCAAUUGUGUGAGAAAUGGAGGCCGUACCGGUCCAUUGGGGCAUGGUAUAUGUGGCGGUUUAUUGAGGGAAAGGAAACCCCAACUACUGCAGCAGUAGUGAUGGAGGGUGGUCAUGUGCAGCCCUUGCAGCAAAUUGAGCCUCAACAGGAGGUACAACAACAUCAAUUGCAACUUCUGGAGUCUAUCAAUGUCAUUGGCAGCCUCGGGUUUGAUGCAUGGGGCUGCAAUGUUGGACAGUAUCCUUAAUGAUAAGAAGGUGGAAUUAUUCGCAAGCUCUCGAGUGCCUUUGUCUUAGCCUGGCAUGUCAAUUUGAGCUUGAUACUCAGUUUGGUAGGAUUGGGGCCCUACCCAAUCUUACUUUAAGCUUGAAAUUACUCUCCUUCUUGCAUCAGGCUUGAGAUUGGGGCCAAUGAUUGAGGUGUUGAUGCUGGAAACGAUGCGAGUUGAGAAGAGGCGGUUUCUUAAGUAUGUAUCUUAUGUUAGUAUUGAGCUUUAAUGAUAAGAGAUUAUGAAAGUUGUAAUAACAAAGCAAGGACGCUUCAGUUAUUCAAGUUGGUUUAUAGUAGAGUUGCAGGAAAGUAGGUGUUGUAAAUGACUUGUAAAUAGCAGACCCUCAUGAUUCAUGAUUUUUGUAGGGAACCGCAUUGUCACGGUAAAGGGUAAUAUUAUUAAUUUUUUAAA